AUGGGAUACCCUCACCCCGAGCUUAAUGAAAUUUUGCCGCCUGGCAAACCUUUCGACGUCGGAUUCGCCACGAUUUGGAACAGCGAGAGCACCCGAUAUGAGGGCGACAACGUGGACUUCGUAACGCUGAUGCAGAAGCCUGAACCUUUCAUAGCUGGAAGAUACGCCCUCAUGAUGAUCUCAACGCAUGACAAGGUCUCGUCCGACUCACGAGCUCUGAACUGGCUUGUGGCCGAUAUCCCCUACGUCAACGACUACCUGAAUUUGGAUGAAGGCAAUGUUUUAGUACCAUACUGGUGGGCGUACGAGGGAGUGAAGCCUAAGACGCCUGUCACAUUGAUCUUGCUCAAAGCCAAGCAGGAAUUGUCUGAAGACUCUAUUAGAAGCUUCGUUGACAAACUUGAAGUUAUGAGCAACGGCAGAUCUGGUGCAUACUCACUGAAGCCGAAACCAUUUUUUGAGGAACGGGGUGAAGCCGUUGCUACGACAUCUACCAUGAACCAUCUCCCCGAAAUCCAUGAACUCUUGCCACAUGGCAUGCUCCCCGGCGGCAAGCUCGUCCCAAUCUGGCCCAAUUCAGGCGACGAUCAGGACAUACCCUUUGUGAGGACGGAAAUGCUCAGGGCGCAGCCCGGUAUAAAGACACAGAGAAUGCCCACGAACAGCAACGGCAAAUACGCCUUCCUGAUGGUAUCAAAGGACAAGGGGAUGAUGAAACCACCCAUGAUACAGAAUGUAAACUGGCUUGUGCUCAAUGUGCCAAUCAACGGCGAUCAUUUGGACCUGGAAAAAGGCGACAUCGUAUUGUCCUACCAGCCGCCGGGCCUUCUUCCGGGAUCUCCUGGGGUGCAGAACUGUUCAUUCUUCUUGCUGAAGACCCAACCUGAUUUUUCCGUGGCCUCACUCCAGGGCAAGUUCAACCUUGUUCCCACUCCUGUGGGUUUGGCUUUCCUCGGCGACUUCGACGUUACAGAUUUCAUCAAGCAGACUGGCCAGGUCAUUGCUUCGGGGAUGGUUAUUGUCCAGGGGAGUUGA